AUGGACGUGAAUGUUGAAGACGUCUGUAUUCUUCAAUCCCCCUGUUGUAAUCCACUUGGCCUCUAUCCACUUCUAAAAUGGUUCAUCUCAAGUAUGUGGCCAGUUCGUUUGUAUCAGCUUAUUCUCUGCGUCUCUCUUGGUUUCUCCGUUGAUCGCUAUUCUGGUAUCGUGUAUUUGGAAUCCGUUAAGAAGAGGAUUAUGUACCUCAACGAUUGGUGGCUUCCUUUCUUUUUUGGUUUGUUUAGUGCUCCAACUACAUUUCAAAUGGACAAAGUAUUGCCAUCGCUUCCUCUACCCGAUGUUGCCAUCACGAUCAAACGUUUGAUGGGUAGCCUUUCACCUUAUCUCGGCGAGGACUCGGUGCAUUAUCAGGAACUCGAAGCUGGAUUACGAAAAUGGUACAAAGAGGAGGCUAGUGGAUGUCAGCGUAGACUCAAAGCAAAAAAGUGGCUUUCUGGAAACUAUGCAACUCUUUGGUGGGAAUCUUACACAUUUCUCUGCCACCGUCAGUCUACCCACAUGGAUACAACCUUCGUAGCUUUUCAGGAUGGCAAGUACUUGCAAACGAAAAAUCCGUUGGCAAGGGCGGCGGUGCUCGUCUACCUCUAUGGCAAUAUGCGCCCUCUUCUCAAAGCAGGGCGGAUCAAUCCCGAGAUGUUCAAGCAUCAAGCGCCCAUGUCCAUGGAGCAAUGGUAUCGCCUCUUCUCCACUACAAGGAUCCCCUCGCAAAACCAGGAUGAUCUCUGGACGUAUCCACCGUCGCUAAGCAAGGGCGUAAAGCUUUACUGUUUAGAAUUUGGAGGUGACGAGCCGUACUCGCCAGCUGUUUUGACAACCCUCAGUCGAGAUGAAUGGCUAAAUGAACGAUCGGACUACUUCACAUACGGAAUCAACAACGCUUCUCUCAUUGACGUGGAGAAGGCGAUUUGUCUGGUUUAUCUUGCAACCGACUCUACUUUGAAGCCCUAUCAAGCCAAAGGAAACUUGUGGGUCGAUAAGAGCGUAAACUUCUGUGUUUUGCCGAGCGCUGAUAUCAGCAUUCACGUUGACUGGAGUUCAAUGGAUCCGUCGUUCUUUGCCGGCGUUCUGGAACGCCUCCGAGUUGCAGAAACGGCGACUAUGUAUGAUCCAGCGACAGGGAAUGCCGUCUAUCUGGAAGAAGCAGAUCAUGAAUGCGAUGAUCCCCAACCAUUAAAUUGGCAGUGCUUUGAUGAAAUGGUUGCUGUUUACGACAGAGCUCUGAGACUUUGUCGCAAGGAUAGGAUGGCUUUCAACUUCUCCUCACUCAGCUUCACAGCUUUUGGUCGUUCGAAGGUGAAGUUUAACUGGCAUCUCUGCACAGAUGCUUUUAUUCAAGCUGCUCUUCAUGCGACGCACUUUAAACUCACUGGAAAACUGGCACUUUGCGCUGAAUAUGUUCCGUGUCGACUCUUUGUUAAUGGGAGGUCUGAGACACUGCGUUCCCUCACCACGGAAAUGAAGGAUUUCGUAAGAUGCUUUGGUGCAAUGCACACAGAUAAGCUGAUAAAAACUGCCAAAGCCUCAGAGUGUGUGGAACUGUUGAAAAAGGCUUGCGAGCGUCAUGAAUUUUUACUAAAACACGCUAUGACAGGAAAAGGCGUUGACCGUCACCUAUUAGCGCUGAACAUUGCAUACAAGUUUCGCACUUUCAAGCGUUGCGAAGUACUGGAAAAGGUCUUGAAAAUGCCCUUUGAUCUUGUCACCUGCCGAAUGCCGAAUUCCGCCUUUGAGGGUGCGUGGGAGAUAAUGCUGCCAACUAUGGACCAAAGCAGUGCCAUUCACAUUGCUUAUGCGUGUCGAAAUGACCCCGAUGGCUUCCACUUUUCUAUCUCUGGUAUGGGGAAUCGAGUUGAGAGCUUUACACACAUUCUCGAACAAGUUCUACUUGACUUGCAAAACUUGCCUUUCCAAAAGACAACUUAA